AUGGGUACCAAGAUCACCACCGAAACCCGAGCUCCCGCGCCGGCGCGGACGGCUCUCCCUCCCGACAGACCACCCGGGUCCCGAGUCACCCGCGUAGCCUCAAGGCCUCUUCGGCGGACUCGGGCCUCUCGGAUCCGCUCCCUCGAGGUUGCGCUCCCCCAGCCAGUCUUCUUGUGGGCGCCCACCGCCCGGCCGCCCGGCCUGCAGCCCGUCACUAGGCAACAGUCACCAGCACGGGUGGCCCCUAGUGGCCUACCGUGCGCACGGGUCCUUUCCCCAUUCCCUCCUCGCCCACUGGAGGCCCAGGUGAGAGCGCGGCCGCAGAGGGAGGUCGCUCGGUGCCCGCAGCCGGGCACUUACCUCUCGGCUCUCCACUCUCCGCCCGGGAGGGGCGGUGCUGGGGCGCGUUCCCCCCGCCCCCCUAAAGGCGCUCUGGCUGUUUCUGCUCAGCCUUCGCGACUGCCGCUGCCGUCUGCUUACUCCAUAGCCUCCGCCAGCCCUGCGGCCGCAAAGGCUAAAGCGGGAGAAGGAAAGGGGAAAGGGAGGGAAGGGACCGGGGAGGAAGAGUAUGGGAGGGGAAAGAAGACCGAAAGACCUGCCGGCCCUGGCAUGACGUCACUUCCGGUUGGCUCGGAAGGGGCGGGCCCUGGGCUUCUCUCCGCCCCCACGAGUAGCUUCUGCCGGAAAAAGAAGACAGGUAUUCGGAAACAGCAAAGUUUGUUAAGCCUUCAAUUGAUUCAUCUUCCAUUCUUAGAAAAUAUUUUGGAGCCUCCAGCUAAAAUGCAAAGUCUUAGAUUAAAUAAACAGGAAGAUCUUGUUAUCUCUAACACUUGUCUAGACAGAGAAGUUAUUCUAAGCUAUGUCUAUCUGAAUAAGAAGGAUAACUGAUUUAAUACAGCAAUUGAAUGUUUGAAAUAUUUCCCAGACCAAUUCAUAUAUACAGUUAGGCAGCAGUUAAUGCAAAACAGAAAUGAAGAGACAAGAUUGAAUAUUCAGAAGAAGAUACUCUUUACUGAAAUAGUUAAGUAUUAUAAUCAAGAAAGAGAUUUGCUAUUAAUCGAUGAGUAUGUUGAUAUAGAUUUAGGAAUUAUUGAACUUUUAGAAAAUGAGAAAAUAACAGAAGCACUUGAAGUAAUACAACUCUAUCUAAUGUUGUUGCCCAACAUUAGAGAAGAAUUACAGCAGCUACUUACUUUUAUGGCUAUUGCAUCAGAACCUGAUGCCUAAAAAGUUGCAAAACAGUAUAAUAACAAAAUAGUGGUUCUGAAAACUGCCAAAGCAGCUUUGCAAGUCAAAUCAUUAUUAAAAGUACAGGCAGAAUCAUUGAUCUGGUUUCUCCUAGAGUAUUACUCUGAGCUUUUCUAGACACCAGUUAUUUUAUUGGAUCUGGCUAGUAAGAAACUUCAGAAGCUUCUGCUUGGAGAAGAUUCAGAUGCCAUAUCCAGGUUUCACAUUUUGUUAAGCCAGUGGAAGAACUAAGUGGCUCAAGAGACAAGGAAAACACUGGAAAGAUGCAGUAGACUAUCUACAAUAGAAUGGGAAGUCUUCUUAUUAGGAAAGCCACCAUCAUUUUAAUGUGCAGCAUGAAUCAAGGGGGAAUUGCUAGUCAUCACUAUGAAUGUUGGACACUUUGACAAAUGCUUUAAGGACAUUAGCAUGUACAUGGAUCUGCUGCUCAGAUUAAAACCUUAGGCAAAUAUCUAUCCUUUGAGUCUGUGUUUAAUUUCUAAAAUAAAAAUAUACAUGCAUAGAUUUGUAUUUAUGAUUGGACCAGACAAUAUCAAAAGGGCCUUCCAACUCUCUGACGGCUAUCAGUCUAUCUGUGAAUAGUAGAUAA